CAACGCUAUAUUUGUAGGCUGUUUCCUAACUGAGGAAAGGCGUCUUCAGGUCUACAUAAAAUUAGUGCGUAACUGAGAUUGUACACUCUUGACGUGGCCGUUUUCGCGAGGAUUUUAGUUCUGCUUUAAACCACUGCCAUCAUUCACCCGGCAUUUUCUUUACAGAAUGUUUUAAUGUCCGUUAUUUAGUGCAACGAGACUAGUUGGAGUGGACCCAGAACUACUGAUCAAGGUUAUAUGGCUGGAACCUUGACCCAGUUGAAGAUGUGAAGCUGCAAACAAGAAUUUUGAAAAGAAAAAUCCAGAUGUUCCCUGUCCACCAGAACUUCAGUUCGGACCAGCAGACCCUAGAACUUCUCCAGAUAAAGGAGGAACAACAGGAACUGUGGAUCACUCACACAAGAGGGCAACCUACUGUGAAGGGAGAAGAUGAUGAGAAACCUCAGUUGUCAGAGCUUCAUCACAUUAAAACUGAAGACAAUAAAGACACUGAAGCUUCAGCCAGCAGCUCAGCUGAACUGACGAAAACAGAACUUGAUGGAGAGGAGUGUGGGGGACCAGAACCAUAUUCGAAAUGCUGCCUUGAGCUAAAAACUGAUGAAAUUACUUCGGAUUCUUCUGUGACUGAAGUCACGGAUGAUGAUGAUUGGCAAGGUCCUUUGUCAGGUUCUGAUCCUGACAUAGGAUCAGAACCUGAUCCUCAGUCAGAGUCUGGUAAACAAUUUGUCUCCAAGUUGUCUCUUCAGGAAGGAAAAAGCUCUUCCCUCUGUCUGGUUAACCAGAAACGUCCUGGAGUCAAAGAAAACGUGUAUUCCCCACCAGUCCAUGGCAGUUGCAAAUGGUUUUGUUGCGAUGUUUGUGGAACACAUUUUACCAAAAAGGGAAAUCUGGAGAAACACAUGAUGGUUCACAAACAAGAAAAAACAUUUACCUGUGAAGAAUGUGGUAAAAACUUCAAACGACAUUUACAGCUUACUGUCCACCUUAAAAUUCACAGAGGUGAGAAGCCUUAUGGUUGCGAUUUUUGCGGUAAAGGGUUUAUAGUAAACAGUGCUCUGCAAGCACACAAGAGGCUCCACUUAGGAGAGAAGCCAUUUGGCUGUGAUGUUUGUGGAAAAACUUUUCAUUUAAGGAGGAUUCUGAAAAUGCACAUGAAGGUGCACUCAGUGGAGAAACCAUUUCAUUGUACACUGUGUGAAAAACGAUUUAAAUGCCCAUAUAUCCUUAAAAAGCACAUGAGCCUCCACUCUGGACUGAAGCCAUUUGUUUGUGGUGUUUGUAGUAAAGCAUUUUCACAAGAAGAAACUCUAAAGACGCACAUGGUUGUUCACACUACAGAAAAACCGUUUCCAUGUGAUAUUUGUGGGAAAAGUUUCAAAUAUAUGUCCUACGCUCGAAAGCACAAACUGUUUCACAGUGGCGAGAGCGGACACAGCUGUGAUAUUUGUGGCAAGACGUUUAUUUUAAAGCCUGCACUCAAGGCGCACAUGAGGAGUCACACUGGGGAGAAACCAUUCUCCUGUGAGGAUUGUGGAAGACAGUUUCAUGUUAAGGCAAACCUUAAACAGCACAUGAGGGUCCACACGGGCGAGAGGCCAUUUGCCUGUGAUGUUUGUAGUAAAACAUUUAGUAGAAAGACCCAUCUUACAGUGCACUCACGGAUACACUCAGGAGAGAAACCGUUUUUCUGUAACGUUUGUGAAGAGAAAUUUCGAUUUCAGCACAAUCUCAAAACACACAUGAGGGUCCACACAGGAGAAAGGCCUUACGUUUGUAGUUUUUGUUGUAGAGGAUUUUCGCGACAAGAGCAUCUAAACAAACACAUUGCCAUUCACACAGCGGAAUAAGUUUAGUUUUUGUCAUUGUGGUCAGAAUCUAACGGUGUGAAAAUAUUUCCUUAGAUUGUUGGUUAAAAUUGCAGGAAAUGCUAACUAAAUGCAGGAAAGACUAUAGUCUAUAUUGUAUAUUAUAUCUAUAUUAUAUUACUAUAUUAUAUAUUGCUUUGCUGAUAGCUGAUCAGCAAAGUAAAGGGGUUUCUUCAGGUGUUCAUAUUUAAGCAAACUAAAGACAGCUUUGUAUAAGAAGGCUUAUGACAAAUAUAACUUAGCCAUUUUUUAUUGUACAUUCGACAUAGGUUGCAUGUGGGCAAAAAUAAAUCUGAUUUGGGUAGCAUUUACCUGUUGUGUGAAAUUGGCCUCGGAUGACUAAAAAGCACCUCACUGAUGUUAUUUCAACUACAGGGGUUAGUACUAUUUAUUUAGGGGUUAGAGGUCUAAACCUUUCCUCUGCUAGGCAAACACUUUUUUGUUGAGCUUGUUUUAAUGCGUAAAACAAGGUUAGGUUUUGUUGUUUACCUAUAAUUAAAUUAUAUUCUGUUCCAGGGGUCCUUUAAGAACAUUUUACUAUUUUACUACAGUUAACCAGAUAGGAAACGAGUCCUUAUCAUUUAUUCUGCAUCAAGAGUCUAGGAAUCUAAUCAGAGCAUUAAGUAUGACACACCAGUGCUCAGGAUUAGCUUUGUAAUCUUUAAGUCUGAAAUGAAUUUAUAUGAAUAGCAAAAUAUUUUUGUUCUGUAUGGUAAUCAAAUGUGUAUCUCUUUCAGUACAUUAGUGUAGAAAAACAUGAGUGUCAUUGUUAAAAUUAAGUAAGCACUAUCAGAAAUACUUUGAGGCUUUUCAAAGUUUAUGUACCGAGUUCAACUCGAGCCUUCUUAUAAAUUGCAUGUUUAAUGGUUUUCAAAGUGGAUUCAAAAUUUGCUUCAAUCUGCACAGUGAUACCGACCAAUCUGAAAAUUGUGUAAAGUUCUGUGAUAAGGCAAUUUGGGUGAAUUAGAGAUAUCAUCUUGUUAAUGGUGAUGUACCAUUUAAUUUUCUGUCAAGCUAUUAAGGCUACCUACCAUUAAAAGAUUUAGUAAAAGGUGUCUCACUUUGACUCAUCCGUUGCUUCAGAUUUUAGCCACAUCUUGAUUUAUUCACCUGUAUUGUCGACGCAUUGGAAAACCCCUUAAAAUAAAUAUUAAAUUAAAGCACCUGAAAAAAGCCCAUCAGACACGAAGUAACACAAAAAAUCAGAAACUUCUGAAAUUGUGAUUUAGUAAGGACAAUAUAUUAAAUUGUACAGUGACAUCUACUUGUGAAAAUAUGUUGAUCACAAAAUCUUCUCAUUUAUAACCAACUAGAGUUCUAAUAAAUUAUCUGUUUUUGUUUUUUUGUUAACUGGGAUUUUUUUGGAUACAAGUCAACAUCAUAAUGAUAUGAUUUAAUUUGAUUACAUAAUUGUUGGUUUGAAGAUAUCCUGUUGUGCUAAUGUCCCAUCAAUUUUUAAAAAAAGAUGCUGUUAAAGGGUAUUGGGUCAAAUAUUUGUCUAAUUUCAAACAGAUUCCUGUUCAUCCUCUUUUAAUAAACAUUAAUAACUCCUGAG